AUGUCUACUGCUGCACAUCUGAAACAUAUCAAACAACACCAUCGUAAUCGAGAACUAUUAGACUUGGUAGUUGAUUUGAUAAAUGUUAAUGACCACAAUACUUUAGCUUACCUGGCUAGAACUACGGGGAUACCUCCUCAGUUAAGACAUAUAGUUUGGCCGAUAUUAUUGAAAUAUCACCCAAUGUGCAUAUCUCCAAAUGUUAUACCUAACACAUUAUUCUGGGAUAAUAAUGCUCAUUGUUAUAUGCCAAAAAAAUCUAAUUUGACAAACAUCCAAAAUAAUACCUCAUCGUCAUCAUCAGUUAAAUCAAAUAACCAAAACAGAACUGCUAAUGGUAUAAAUGAUGAAAAAUCUUUAGAAGAUCUUAUUAUGAAGGAUUUAAGAAAAUACUUUCAUAUUAGAAAAAUUCAUCCUAAGGAAGAACCAAUCACCAACACUAUUAGCAAUGAUUCCACUAAACCUUCUCAAACGUCUUCAUCAGUUUAUACUACUGUAAUUAGUCCUGUGGAUGAAAAAGUUUUAAAUUUAUUAUUAGAUGCUAUUUUGAGCUUUUUAAAUAAGUGGUCAAGGAUCUGCAGAUAUGAAUGUGGGUUAUCCUGGAUUGCAAUCGGUUUAGCAGAAUGGUUUUCAUUAUCCCCAAUUCUCAUUAACAAUAGUCCUAUGAUUUUAACUGCGUCUAAAAGAGCUCAUCGUCCAUCAUUUUCGUCUGAAUCAUCUUCAUCGAGUUCUACUUCUAAUAUAUCCCCUUCCAUUGAGAAUCAAACUUCUCAAUUCUUAACUCCGUUAUACAAUGAAUAUCCUUUACCAGAAUCAUUAAAGUCAAAAUUAAAACCAAUUCUAUCAUCUAAUCCAUUAUUUUCAUUUAAUGAUAUGUUUGAAAGAUUAGUUUUAGUUAUUUUCCAUUGUCCAGAUCUAGAAAUAGCUCAAAGUGGAUUUUUAUCAUCAUCAUCAUCAUUAUCAACAUCAGGUAUUAAUAAUUAUUUCCCUAUUAUCUCAGGAGGUGACACUUCGUUUCAGCAACAGUUAUUUUUUAAAGUAUUCUCCUCUAUGCUACCUGAGCUAUAUCAACCUUUAAGUGAAGAAACGUCGCUACAACAUUCUGGUUCUAGGAAUUGGAUUUAUUGGUGGAUGAAAUGUUCUGGUGCAAAAGUUUUACAUAAACAAGAUCGUGCACGUAUUUGGGAUCUGCUAUUAGGGUGGAGACCUUAUCCCAAUAUGACUUCAAUCAAUUUUUUCUUAAAUUAUAAUAGUAAAAAAUUUGAUCAAUUAUAUAAUAAAAAUCCGAAAAUUGAAAUAAAUGAAGACUUAUUUUCAAAUGAAUAUUUCCAUAAUGAUACAUUCUGGUUCCCUGAUCUUAAUACAAUCCCUCUUGGAUCGAAGAACUUCGAGUCAGAUUAUAACGUUUUCCAAGAGAUAGUUAGGAGAAAUAAAUGCGAUGCUACAAAUGACUCACUUAUAAAAAAAGAGAUUUCAGACAUUAAUGUAGAUAUACAAGUGGAAAAACCUGAAAUACCGUUUUCUUUGUUAGAUCCACAUGUUCAAUUGAUUUUUAUUUAUGUGGCUAUGUUUCAACAUUUUGAGUUUAAACUAUUAGAAUUUGAAGAUACCGAAAUUACUGAAUUUUUAAAUAAUGUUCCAAUAAUAACAAAGGCUGAUAAUAUUAGUUUCAAAAGUAUGACAGAUACAGAAUCUAUAUCUGAUCAAUCUAACGUCGAAAGUACUUCUACUACUACUACAUCGCCAUCAUCACCAUCACUUUCUCAAUCUCCUUCAAAUGGAUAUGCUGCAACGUCUAAUAAUAAUCAUAUGCUGAUAGAGUUAGGGAAUGAUGGAAAAUCAUCUCAUUCCUUUAAUGAUAUUUUAAAUAUGGCAGGCGAUAUAUGGAGAAAAUGGAUGUGGAAAGAAUUACAAGAUACAUCUGAAAGUCAAAAUUGA